AUGGCGGACUUUGCCUUCACGGCAGAUGAGCUGAGCCAGCUGUUCGACGAUAGGCACUUCGCCGAGCUGAAGGCGAAGGGCGGCCUGCAGGCCAUCGCCAAGGGCCUGAAGACGAAUCUUGAGACCGGCCUCAAUGAAGAGCAGCUGAGCGAGGAGGGGAGAGCCGGGCGCGUGCGCGUGUUCGGAGCCAACAAGACUGAUCCGCCCCCGCCCAAGACAUUGUUUGAAUUGAUGCUGGAAGCGCUCGAAGAUGCCACCCUGAAGAUUCUCAUCGUUGCCGCGCUGGUGUCCCUUGCGCUGGGCUUCUACGAGAACCCCUCGAGCGGCUGGAUCGAAGGAACGGCAAUCCUCGUCGCCGUUGUGAUCGUCGUGCUUGUGACCUCCCUCAACGACUACUCCAAGGAGCAGCAGUUCAGGCGUCUCUCCCAAGUGGCAGACGACAAGCUCAUCAAGGUCAUGCGCUGCGGCCAGCAGCAGCAGGUGUCUGUGUACGAUCUCAUCGUGGGCGACGUGGUCGAAUUGGGCACCGGCGACGAGAUUCCUGCCGAUGGGUUGGUCUUUGCCUCGCACAACAUGAAGGUGGAUGAGAGCUCCAUGACCGGAGAAUCAGAUGCCAUUAAGAAGAACGAUAACGAGCCUUUCCUGAUCUCUGGCACGCCUGUCACCGAGGGUGUGGGCCGCAUGCUCGUGGUUGCCGUCGGCGCGCACUCGCAGAAGGGCAAGAUCAAGGCCCUGCUGCAGAAGGAGCAGGAGGACACUCCUUUGCAAGAGAAGCUCGAGAUUGUGGCCGCUGCCAUCGGAAACCUCGGUCUCGUCGUAGCCAUCCUCACGCUCACCGUGCUCGUUGGUCAGUUUGGUUGGAGGCUCUACUCCUCAGGCCAGGGCUUCGAGCUGCACAUGCUCGAAGAGCUCAUUGGCUUCGUGAUCACCGCCAUCACCAUCGUCGUCGUUGCCGUGCCUGAAGGCUUGCCUCUUGCCGUCACCAUCUCGCUGGCCUACUCCAUGAUGAAGAUGCUCAAGGACAACAAUUUGGUGCGUCACCUGGACGCUUGCGAGACCAUGGGCGGAGCCACCAACAUCUGCUCCGACAAGACCGGCACCCUCACCGAAAACCGCAUGACCGUGACUCACGUUUGGCUCGGCCGCAAGAUGUAUGGCAACAGCCUGCCCACCCAGAAGGACCUCGCCGCCGAGGUGCACACGGCGCUCGUGGAGGGCAUCUCCAUCAACUCGACCGCCUACAUCACCAAGAGCAAGGACAAGAACACGGUUCGCCAGACGCUCAAGAUCAGCCAGCUCUACCCGUUCUCUUCGGAGCGCAAGCGCAUGUCCAUUCUCCUCGAGGCCGAGGGCAACGUCCACCGCCUCUACACCAAGGGCGCGUCGGAGAUCGUGCUCCAGUACUGCGACAAGAUCGUGAGCCCCGAGGGCAAGGUCACGCCCCUGAGCGACGAGGAGAAGGAGGAGAUCCGCGUGGACGUGAUCGAGAAUUUUGCCGCCCAGGGCCUCCGCACCAUCUGCCUGGCCUAUGGCGACGUUCCGCCCCAGGACAACUCGGAGGAGCCCCCGGAGCAGGGCCUCACCUGCAUCGGCAUCGUCGGCAUCAAGGACCCCGUGCGCAAGGAAGUGCCCGCCGCCGUGGCCGAGUGCAAGAAGGCCGGCAUCACCGUCCGCAUGGUCACCGGAGACAACAUCCUCACCGCCAAGAAGAUCGCCGAGGAAUGUGGUAUCUUCUACGGCGAGGGCAUCGCCAUGGAGGGCCGCGAGUUCCGUCAGCUCAGCGAGGAAGAGAUGGGCAACGUGGUCCCCAAACUGCAGGUCCUCGCUCGCUCCUCCCCCAGCGACAAGUACAUCCUCGUUUCCUACCUGCGCAAGCUGGGCGAAGUGGUCGCCGUGACCGGCGAUGGUACCAACGACGCACCCGCCCUCAAGGAGUCCGACGUCGGUUUCUCCAUGGGCAUCUCCGGCACCGAUGUGGCCAAGGAGGCCUCGGACAUCGUGCUCUUGGACGACAACUUCACCUCGAUCGUGGCCGCCGUCAUGUGGGGCAGGAAUGUGUACGAUUCCAUCCGCAAGUUCCUGCAGUUCCAGCUGACCGUCAACCUGGUCGCCCUCCUCAUCGCGUUCGUGUCGGCCGUCACCACCGGCGAGUCCGUCCUCACCCCCGUCCAGCUGCUGUGGGUGAACCUGAUCAUGGACACCAUGGGCGCGCUGGCCCUGGCCACCGAGCAACCGACGAAGGACCUGCUGCACAGGAAGCCCUACGGUCGUCACGACUUUUUGAUCACGAAGCAGAUGUGGUGCAACAUCAUCGGGCAGGGCAUCUUCCAGGCCAUCGUGCUCUUCUUCGUCCUCUACCGCGGUGAGAGCUUCUUUGGCGUGGUCUCCCACUCGCUCGAGCACACCACCAUCGUCUUCAACACCUUCGUGCUCUGCCAGGUGGUCAACGAGAUCAACUCGCGCAAGAUCGACCACCAGCUCAACGUCUUCUCGGGCAUCCUCAGCAACCACGUGUUCCUCGGCAUUCUCGUCUUCACCCUCCUCUUCCAGUACGUCAUCGUCGAGUUCGGCGGCUCCUUCACCGCCACCACCCACCUCACCUCCGACCAAUGGAUGAAGUGUGCUGGCGUCGCGCUCCUGGGCUUCCCCGUGGGCGUGGUCAUCCGCCUGCUGUCCCGGCCCUUCGUGCAGACCGACCCCGUCACCAAGCAAACGGUGGAGGUGGACCCCGCCAUCGUCAAGAUGAUGUGGCAAAAGGUCAAGCGCGCGUCCGUCCACAUGGAGAUCACCGAGGACGUCGAGAAGAGGCGGGCCAACAAGUUCAAGGACGUGGUGCAGCGCAAGAUCCAGCUCAACCGCAUGCUCAAGGAGGCCAAGGGCAAGGGCGACCUCAAGAAGCACCAGUAA